CUUCUGAUUGGAGACCUUAAGAAGAUGAGUGUUCAUACCCCACCCACACUCCAGAAGCUGGCAAUUCAGACUCUGGUGAGAGAGGAGGCUCUAGGCAUGUCUGAACUGGAGGAGAUGGCCCAUGGACUCUUCCCAGCACUUUUCAAGGAGGCCUUUGAUGGCAGACAUAUCAAGCUCAUAAAGGCAUUGGUGAUAGCCUGGCCUUUCCACUGUCUCCCUGUGGGGGCAUUGAUGAGGACUACUGACCUGGAAACAUUGCAGGCUGUGCUAGAUGGAGUAGACAUUCGUCGAACCAUAGGGUUUCACCCCAGGAGGAAAAAACUACAGUUUCUCGACCUGAGGAAUGUGCACCAUAGCUUCUGGAACAUAUGGACUGAUUCAGAGGACAGUGACUAUUCAGCAGAGAUCUUGGAUGAAAAGAAAGCCCUGCAGGUCCGUCCCAGAUAUGGACUGAGGCAGCGUCUGAAGGUCACAGUUGACCUGUGCAUCAGGUCCUGCCUUGAUGAAGCACAAACAUGGUUCUUGAAGUGGGCCCAGGAGAGAAAGGGCUCCCUAUAUUUCUGCUGUACAAAGAUGAAAAUCUGGACUCUGCCAGAAAGAGCUCUCAGACAGAUCUUCCAUGUUUUUGAUCCAGAGCAUAUCAUGGAGUUAGAACUAAAUACUGAAUGGACUCUGAUAGAGUUGACACAUUUUGCCCCCUAUUUCGGGCAGAUGAGAAAUCUUCGCAAAGUCUUCCUGGCACCCCUCCACAAAAUCGACUUCCAUUUACCCAAUAGAACAAGAGUCACUGAAGUCAAGUGUAUCAACAAGUUUGCUUCUCAGUUCUCCAAAUUCAACUGUCUGCAGCAUCUUUUCAUGUUCUGCGUCCAUUUUCUCAGAUCCCAGAUGAAUCAGGUCCUAGGGUGCUUGAUGACACCCUUGAAGACCCUCUCCAUUACUUACUCCCUGAUUUCACAGAGAGAUUUGGAUUCCUUUGCCUGCUGUCAGAGCCUCUUUCAGCUAAAACAUCUGGAAUUGAGAGGUGUGGUCUUACUGGAUUUGGAUCUUAUGCCUCUGAGAGGUCUCCUCAUGAAAGUGGCAGGCACUCUUGAGACUCUGGAUUUGCAGGGGUGUAGGAUGAAAGACUCCCAGCUCAAUGUUCUCCUACCUGUAUUCAAACAAUGCUCUCAGAUCUCCAAUAUCAACUUCUACAACAAUGAAUUCUCCAUGCCCUUCCUGAAGGACCUUUUGCAGCACACAGCCAACUGGAGCAAGAUGAAUGUGGAACAAUAUCCUGCCCCUCUGGAGUGCUAUGAUGAAUUUGCUCAAGUCACUGUAGAAGGAUUUGCCCAACUUUGUCAGGAUCUCAUGGAUACACUGAGGGCAAUAAGGCAGCCCAAGAACAGCUCCUUUGCUACAGAUAUCUGCCACACAUGUGGGGAGCGCUGGGUCUUUGACCAGGUGGCUAAACUUUGUAGUUGCUGGCAUUAA